AUCAAUACAUAACGACUAAAAUGGAGUCCAUGUCACGUUUCAUGAAACCAGCUAUUUGUCCCAAAUUAGUAUCCACGUCAAGAUAGUGUACCUGAGGACACCUAGCACGAAGUUACUGGCUAGGUUAGCGUUAGCUAAUGUUAGACAUGGAAGCUAACUAGCAUUAGCAUAGUAAGAGCUCAACACAACCAGGGUUGUUUGGUCGUCUAAGAAGCUUGUUUUGAUCCGACGAUAACGUUACACAUGAUACCGCAGCCACUCUAUCGCCAGUCCUUCAUUGUUUGCUCCACAUAUUACAUCAAACACAGUCGCUUCUCCGUCAUAGCUAACGCUCAGUUAAUUGUGGUUGAAGUUGGCAGUAUUUGAAACCGUGUACAAUGCUAGGUAGCUAGCUAGCGUAGGCUAAGCUAGAUGAUGCCAUUUUGUUUUUAUCUCGACUUUGACCAACAUACUGCUUUCCCACAGGACUACGAAAAACUCAGACCUUCAUGUUAUUCUCUUGAAUUAUAGCUGUGAUACAUCCACAGUUUCUAGUUUGUUCAGGAAAACUACGUUACGAUAAUCUCAAUGAUUUAGUUAGCCAGUGUUGUGUUUCUAGUAAGUUUGCAUGCCAGUUUGCUUUGUAACCGGUGGAUGUAAAUCAUGCUAACAUUAGCCAACAGUUGCUGGGUCGUCGUUCCCAAUUAUUGAGCAUGUCGCAUUGUGAUGCUGUAUUUUGACCCGACUUUUCCUUUGCUGACAAGUUCUCCGGUUGAUACUCUUGAUAUUGCAUUCAUUAGAGCUGACAGCGUGGAAAUACUCAAAGCAGCUGGAUCUUGCUGAAGAUCGGACAGCAUCCCUCAACCUCCCUGCCUUCUGAAUCGAUGGAGGGGUCUGACAGUUCUGAGCAGAGUGGCAGUGACCAGCCAGAGUCACAGCGCAGAAGGCAGCUGGACCGCCUGGACAGGGAGGAGGCCUUUUACCAGUUUGUCAACAAUCUGAGUGAUGAGGACUAUCGUCUCAUGAGAGACAACAAUCUUUUGGGCACCCCAGGAGAAGUAACGGAGGAUGAGCUGUUUAGCAGACUUCAGCAAAUCAAGGAUGGUCCAGAACAGCAGAAUAACAGUACUAGUGCCCCCAGUACUGAAAAUGGAGAAGAUCCAGUCGAACCACCAGAAAACCCUGAGGAUCCUGCCAAUGGGGAUAGUCUCUUAGACUGGCUGAACACAGUGAGGCGCACAGGCAACACUACCAGAACUGGUCAUCGUGGUAACCAGUCAUGGCGGGCCGUAAGCCAGACCAACCCAAACAGUGGGGAUUUUCGCUUCAGCCUCGAAAUCAGUGUGAAUCGAAACCUGGCUGAACAGCAGGCAGCUGCUGAAGGGGAGCAGGAGCCUCCACAGGAGUCUUCCCAGGAAUCUCCAGAGGGUCAAGAAGUGGUGGCAAAUGCUGAACCACAGGUGCCUAUGGAGACAGAAGUGGUGGAGGAACCAGUAGUAGAGGAAUUGGCUGUCAUAGUGGAGCCAGAGCCUGAACCAGAGCCUGAGCCAGUGCUUGAGCCUGAGCCAGAGCCUGUGCCUGAGCCAGAGCCUGAGCCUGAACUAGAAGAAGUUGUUUCACAAGAGAUUUUAGGAGAACGUCCCAGCUCACCUGCUGCCCUGCCUGUACAACCCCCACUUUCUCCUCCACGUAGAGGACAGAGGAGAGCCCGCAGCCGUAGUCCAGAGCCACGCAGGACUAGGGCCCGUACAGCCAGGAGCCGUUCCCCUCUCAAUCUGGAUCAGCUGGAUGGUCUCCCUAAUUCACGUCAUGCUCACUCCUCUCAAAGCAUCAGCUCUGCCACCAGUGUCUCCCCUGUGCCUCAGGUGGAGGGCAGCUCUCGGACUCGACAACAUGUUCUUUCUAGGCAAAGCACUGCUGACAGUGAUGUUCAGCCAUCUAGGGCUGGCGAAGAAAUGGUCCCUGAGGCCCAAAAUGUAGGAUCUCAGGAAGGAGAAGCUACUGGGGGUGAAGGGGGUGCAGCAGGGCGCCGUCCCCCUACUAUUAUGCUUGAUCUCCAGGUGCGUCGUGUGCGUCCAGGCGAAUAUCGGCAAAGAGACAGCAUUGCUAGUCGCACCCGUUCACGCUCCCAGAACUCAAACAACACAUUUCUUUAUGAAAGUGAGCGUGGUGGAUUUCGUAGGACUUUCUCACGCUCUGAGCGUGCUGGUGUGAGGACCUACGUCAGCACUAUUCGCAUACCUAUCCGAAGAAUCUCCGAUGCAGGUUUGGGAGAGGCAACCUCAAUGGCUCUCCAGUCUAUGAUUAGGCAGAUUAUGACUGGUUUCGGUGAACUCGGCUACCUCAUGGAUUCAGAUUCUGAUUCUUCAGAUUCAAACCGCGGAGCCAACACACCUGCGGAUCUGGCUGAAGCUCUCAACAACCCAGAUGCUCCACCUGCUGCUGCUCCUAUAGCUGAUGUUGAUGAACCACCUGUGGCUGCUGGAGUCAGAGCAAGGACAGCUGAGACUGAUAUUGAUGAGGGCCUUGCCGCUGCUCCACCUGCCUCUGGUGGCAGGGCCCGACCUAGACCACCUAUCAGCCUAGAGGAGCCCAGCUCACUGCCCUUCCUGCGGCUUGCCCAUUUCUUCCUCCUAAAUGAUGACGACGAGGACCAGCCCCAAGGGUUGACCAAAGAGCAGAUUGACAACCUCUCAAUGCGCAACUUUGGUGAGAGUGAUGCCUUGAAGACUUGCAGUGUCUGCAUAACAGAAUAUGCAGAAGGUAACAAGCUACGUAAGCUGCCCUGCUCGCAUGAGUACCACGUGCACUGCAUUGAUCGCUGGCUAUCGGAAAACUCCACUUGCCCCAUCUGCCGCAGGGCUGUCUUGGUAUCAGCCAACCGAGAGAGUGUGGUGUAGCUUAUAAAAGACUGAAGACAUUUUGUUUCAAACUAAUUAAUCUUAAUAUCUCAGGCCCAUAAGAGGCUUUGAGGAAAUGUGUCUCCACUGUUGAAAUGUAUUUCCUUCAUACCAUUUGUGAGUUUGAUCAUAAAGCAGUCACAGGUUUGAUUUGGGGUGCUCCAUAACAGUGACAUCGGGACAUACUCAGUCUCUAGUAAGACAUUUAUUAUGGCAGUCCAAAGUUAGGCACAAGCAAUGCAUGUUGUUUGAAUCAACCUGUAGUGACCAAGCAGUUUGUUGCAUUGCGUCAAGCCAUGCACACAAGCAGGCCGGUAUCUCUUAAAGAAUCCCCUGGUUAUAAAUGCUGCACACCUGCAGGUAGUUCAGACACAUCUGCUCUUUUGUAUUAGCUCCUAAAUGGCGCUUUAUAUACCAGAAGUUGGGUAUUGGUACAGUUCUUAGUUACACCAGUUCAAAGUAUUAGCUGUAAAUAAGCUUGUAAAAAUAAUUUUAAAUCAUACUUUGUAUCAGUGAAUUGGUUUUGGAUUGUAAAUUAUCUCAUAAGAAGAUUAGGGUCAUUUUUGCCACAGCUACUCUCUACCAGAGCAUCCCUAAAUUUGCUGUUAAAGAAAUAGGUGGUUUCAGUGUACACAGCAGAAUUAUUAAGAGAUUGAGAUGUCCAGAGGAUGUAGGACAUUAAUUGGUUUGCCAUUUACAGUGUGACUUCUACUCUCCGUUUGGUGCACCUGAAAGAAACAGACUACUGUUGUGGAGUGGCAUAUACCAUGAAAACUCUCAGUGUGCUGAAUUGUUUCACAAAAUAAAAUGUACAGACAGGAAAGAUAAUUCAAACCAGGCUACUUUGGCAAAAUGUGUAUGUUUAUUUUGGAAUCAUAUACCAUCUUAUUUUCUUGAUCAUUAAAAAUUAUUGAAUCGUAUUCAUACAAGAAAUUGGGGAUGUCUCAAUAUUGGUAGUAGAUAUGGGUUUAUAUCAAGUUCUUGGCAUGUGAAUAUCCCCACCUCAAAAAUACUAACAGGCAUGACAUGUCAGAAAAAGAAUAUACUUGCUUUUGACUUUUCCCCCCAAAUGUAAGGGUGUUUAUUUUUUAAUGUGCAACAAUGAUUUCUCAAUCAAUUUGUCCUGUCAUCCAUCAGGUCUGAUUUCUUUAUUUUUCCACUCCCACAUUGAGUUGUCUUAAAUUAUUGACUGAUGAAUUAAGUUCUCUAAGCUGGUCUUGGCAUAGAUUGAAAUGACCAGAAAUUGUGUUAAAAUAAAAUGUCAACUCAAACCAGAAUAGAGGUCCACCUCAAUGUACAAGUGAGAACUUAAGUUAUUAAUCCAAAGCUUUGAGUGUCAGACAUUAACCAAGUCUGAACAAAGGUCACAUCAUUGUCCUUCUGUCUAAGUAAGGCUCCAGUAGAAGUCAAGAUGCUCACCCACUGUGCCCUUCUGCCCCAUGAGCAGAUGCUCCAUACCAGUGUGCAAUACAUGCUAAAAUGAAAGUAGGGAAAUACAAACCAAGAUAUAAAUGUAUGCUGUUGUUAAAACUGUUAAUGUUAAUGGCUAAAAUCUUAAAUGAAGACUUAUUACCUUUUUAAAAUGUGUUGAAGUUAUUUUAUUUUAUUUAGUUCUGUAGCUUUUAAUAGCACUGUCGAACAGAAACACUGGCUAAAGGAAGAAAAGGGCAUCACAGUUAAUGCCAUCAUGUCAAGUUUCUUGUUCCACUGUUAGAUGUCCUUGCCACAAUUAUUACUUCCCUUUGUGGGACAUAACAGUUUGAAUGCAAGACAUUGUCAUUGUGAAAUACCAUAAACAUGUAAAUGAAAUGUAUGUUCCCUCUUAGGCCAUUCUUUAGUUUUGGCCUUGUUCUGUGACCCACCCAGUGCAGUAUGUUAACUGGGUGUUAAAUGAAACUAACCGCUGAAUUAAACAAUUGUUAUGCUAAAAAAAAUGCAUUGCAGGUAUGCCUUCUGUACACUAUCGUGGUGUUGGAUUAUUAGUUGCACACAUUAUUAGUUAUUAUUACCUUUAUCUUAAAUAUUCAGCAGUUACAACAUACUUUUAUUUUCAUUUUGCUUGGAUCUGACAUAUUUUUCCUUUACCACUGCAUAUUUAGGCUUUUUUUUCCCACCUAUAUUCAAUUAAAUGCAGUGAAAAGGAGACAAUAUUUAAUGUUCAAACUAAUAAACUUUGUUUUGGUAAAUAUAGUCAUUCUGAAUUUGAUGCAUGCCACAUCCAACAUCCAGCCUUCCACAAAAAAAGUUUCUUUUAACAAUCUGUUUCCUAAAUCACUGUAUUCUGUUUUCAUGUAGAUUUUACACAGCAUCACAACUUAUUUUGAAAUCAGGGUUGUGUCACUCACAUGCACCUUUUAAAGUUGACCCCGUCUGCAUUGCAAGCAGAGCAUGGUUAGUGUUCACUUCCCCUUUUAUUAGCAUGAAAGAGCCCAUCCAUUGGGCUCUUUAUCACAUUACACUUACACAUAUAUGUAAGCAUACAUGAUGCAUUAGUCCACUGACACUGGGACAGAGAAGUGUUAUCCUCAGCACCUCCUGCUGGUAGGAUCUGGGGAAAAAUUCCCAUUCAUUCCCCAGCUGACAAAUAAAAUACAAAGCUUAUGUUGUGUGCUCUCAGGUAUGAUCUCUGUUACAGGCAGACGUCGAGAAAGUGUCGCAGACAAAAAAAUGUUUUGUAAAUGUGUCCACUUGUGCCCCCUUUUGUCAUUUCUCGGUGCUUUUACCUUUAAUAGUGUCGCAGCAGAUAUCACUAGUUCACAGUCCACGGAGGUAGGAAAACAAGGAAGUACCAGUCUGAGGCAGUGAUGGCGCUCCGGACGGUUGGGAGUCGUUUGUUGCACUUUCAGAGGAGCAGCUUGAAG